GCAUGCUUGUGGUCCCAGCUACCUGGGAGGCUCAAAUGGACAGAUCGCUUGAGGCUGGGAGGUUGAGGCUGCAGUGGACCAUGAGUGUGCCACUGUAAUCCAAUCUGGGCAACAGAAUGAGACCCAUCUCAAAAAUGAAAUAAGACAUUGUUCAUUUAAGGCCACAAAUAUAACCAAUAUGUAGGAAAGCUAUUGUAUGUGAAAUUAGAGGUACUCAGUUUGAAUAUUACAAUAGUUUAGAUUUUUGCCAUAUUUUUCUUAUGAAGGAGUAAUCACUCAGAGUUAUUUGUUUUUGCUUUUCUUUAAAAACAAUAUCAAGCAUGUAAAAAUCAGCAUAAGUAGCAAAGCUUAAAUUUUUAGAUAAUCCAAAUUUAAUUAUUCUACCAAUUAGUUAAUUGUCUUCAUUCAUCCCCCCAAAAUUAGAGCCUAAUUCCAUGUCUUACCCCUAAUUUGAGUUAUUCUUGAUUCUCUUGAGGCAAGAAACUAACUGUAAAUAUUUAUUCUUGAAUUCCACAGAGUUGUAUUGAACACCUAAUCUGUAUUAGGCACCAAUCUAGGCUUCAAGGGUAUAAAGAGUAUUAGACAUGACUUCUGCUCUUAAGGAGCUCACAGUCUCCUAGAAAGAAGUCUUGUGUUUAUUGCAAAGAGUCUCUUUGCUCCUAGUCAGAGAAUUAUCAUUGUAAUGGGUGGUGUGGUUGGGAGUGAGGAAGUAAAGGGCUAAUGAGCUCUUUUAGAAUCCACAAGUACCUCCUAGUUCACCAACAUCCUUUUUUAUUAGAUGACACUCUAAUGUCCUUGAAGAGUUAGUGCAUCUUCUGAAAGUAUCCACUUUUCUUCCAUACUGUCAUGAAAACCUGGCUUUUUACUCUAGAUAUUCUAAACAAGCAUAUGUUACUUGUCAUUUCAACCUCUUUAAUAGUAGUAUGUGAGCAUUUAUCAGGAGGAUCUUUGGAUUUAUCAUGACCAUGGGAAAUUUGUAUUUUCCCAAAUAUGUGGAGAAUAAUGGCCAGAUAAAUAUCCACAAUCACAUUGUCUGUAAAAUAGGUAAGACUAGUAUCAUCUCAUUGGGUUCUAUUAAGUGAAAUAAUUUAUAUAGAGUUCUUAAAACAGUACCUAGCAUAUGGUAAGAACUUCAUAAUUCCUCACUUUGCAUAAUUUUGAUAUACACGAAUUUUUGUUACCAUGGUUUAGUUAAAUAACACCAAUUCCCCAGAAAACAAGGUUCAAAGUUCAGCUUCCACAAUAUAUUACGUGUAAUUGCAUUAAGCACACUUUGCCACUAGCCCUUCAGUCCACAGAUCUGUAUGUGAAUAACAGAUGCACAUCAUGAUCAAUGGCCAAUCACAUUACUUUUUUCAGACUCUUGUCACUGAUUGGUCAUAUCAUAUCUGCUUUCAGUUCAUGUACAGAUGGCAUUGUCUCCCAUUUUACAAGAGUACAUGAUCAAAAGAGAGACUUGACCAACACAGAUGACAGUGCAGUAAAGAAAUGAAACACUGGAAAUGAAAUAGAAAGUGUUUAUAACAAAAAAGAUGAAGAUGUCUCAGAGAAAGUGACACUGGCAAACCAAAAAGCAAGACAAAAAACUCUCAUAUUAAAUGAACUCUCAGAGCUAUUUCACAACAUUGAAAGUGCAAAGGAUAAAAUGUCGAAAGCUGAUUCAAACUUAAGAUUGUGACAUUUUUGCCCACGCAUAGAAAAGAUAUGAUUGACCAUACUAUAAGUGAUAUGAUUAAAAGAAGGCAAGCACUGAUCAAUUGACUUUAAAUAAAUUUUUUUACAUAGAAAUAAAGCACUUUAAUUCUCAAUGUUUCUAAUGUUUAAAUUAUAGCAUACUAAAUGAAAUUAGUUGUGUUAUUUUUUCUUUAUUUUUCCCUGACUAUAAGGAUUUUUAACAUUUUGACAAAAAGAAAUGUAGAGGUCAUAGAAAACGCAUAAUUUAUCCUAUUGAUUAUUAUGAUCCCUUUGCAUGGUUUCAGCUUGUGUGGUCAUUUUUAUAGUUCCUCAUUCUCAUGCAAAGCAAGGACAUCCUGUAGUUGUUAUUAACAAUUAUUUUGUCCACCAAAUCAAGUAUUAACAAUGUUAGGAAAACUGUUCAUUGCUUUUCAGUAUUUCAGAAUUUAAAAACUUUGUCAUUUCUUUCCUGCUUCUUGUCUUUGUGUUUUCAAAGUAUCUGGGUUCUAAUUCUAGUCCUGUCUUACCAUAGGGUUACCCUCAGAGCCUCCUGAUAUAUCUUACACAGAAGUACGGUAUUUAAACUCCUUAUUUUACUGUUCUUCAAUAUUCUACCCUAUUCCUUCCUUCUCCUAAAUCUUCUACCUUAAUUCCAUGCUAACCUUUUCCUUUUAUUCUUUUCCCUGCUAAUAUCCUAUUCUUCCAUACUCUCCUUCAACCCCUGAAAGCCUAUCAGUUCUUUAAUACAUUGUCUUCCUUUCAAAAUGACACCUGCCCUAGAACAUAUCCUUAAGAGAAACUUCUUUAAAUUACUGGCUUCUUCCUUAUGUUUCAUCUACAUUUCUGUCAAUCAGAAAAGACCAAUGUCUUGUUUGAAUUUAAAUUAUUACAGAAAAUUCUGUGUAAGAAAAAUGUAAAAUUGUAGCUGGACAUUGACUAGAUUAGCACUUGCCAACAAUGACAUGAUUGGCAACAAAAUAAGAAUUGAAAAUAAAUACUGUGCAUUUUUUUUCACUGUAUACACUUUUGUGCCUCUUAAGCCAUGUGAUUGUGUAGGUAAAUAUUUUUUUAAAAAAUGAAAUUUACAUUAAGUAAAUCAUCAAAAUAGAAGUCUUGCUUUCAGUUUUCCACUCACAGUUGGUUUGAUGUAAUUACCUCCAAGAGUUCUGAGGCUUUCAGAAGAUGAAACCUUCAUCUGCCUAAUGUUUUCUGCACACACAUAGAAUGAAGAGCAGGCUGCAGGGAGCUUGAGGAAUGGACUAGAGGCAGACAGAUUUUGAUUUGGGCAUGAGUAUUUUGCUCAAAGAGAGGCUGACAACCUGAUUUGUUCUCUUUAAGACCUUUGAGAUUAUAGUAAGGUGACUGGAAGAGGAUUCAGUUUAAUAGGCUGACUGAAUGCUGUCUGAAUAUUUUUCAGGUUUAAAAUGCUGAAAGAAGUGUUUCAUCUAUAUAUUUAGGUAAACUUUGCUUAGAAUUUUUAGUCUGUUACUACCUCUUGAAUUUUCCAUGGUCAUUGCUGCAUUUAAUGUUAGUUAAAGAGUGCAUUUAUCAGACAAAAAAAACAUCAGUGACUCUGUUUGGCUUAUUUCAGUUCAUAGUUUCCUAAAGAGAUUCCAGGGAAAUUCUCAGAAGCCUCAAACUUGUGAUGGUAAUAGCACCAACAUCAAUUAAUCUGGAAUCUCUUUUUAAAAAAAAAAAACAAAAAACAAACAAAAAAAAAACCAAAAAAACAAACAUAAUUCUCACAACACUUAAAAGAGUUAUCUGCCAUAAACAGAAAUUCUUUUCUACUUCUCAAUUUACUUCUCUAAGCCCAUUUCACAUCAUGAUUACUAGUUUCAUUGGGCAUAAGCUGUCAUUUUUGUUAGUAUAUUUUACUGUGCCGUGUAAUGAAAAAUUUUUCGUUAAACCAGUUGUGCAUCUCCUACUCUAAAAUGGAAGCAGAGUGAUAAUUUGAAUGUAGAACAUAGUCACUGCACCCUGACUAGAGUAAUCAAUGCAAGAACAUCCUUAAAUCUUUUCUUCUGUAACAAGGGCAAACUCAGCUAAAAAGUUUGCUUAAAUCAUGCUUGGCAUAACAAGAGCCUUUAAACUUUAUCUAUCUCUAUCUGUGAAUAUACCUGACUCAUCAUCAUAGUGCCUUUCAACUCAGCCCCACUCAGCUCAACUGCUCUUCCUGCCUUAUACAGAUAUUUAAAAUUCCUUAAGGCUUCUGGUGAAGGUUGCAGGGUUUUUAUACUUAAUAUUAUUUUAUAGCACAGGAAGUUCAUAACUCAUGAAUAUCUCACAUUUGCAAAAUAAAAUGGAGGGCCUUUUCUCUGUAUACUCUAAGUCUGUUUUUGGUCUCUGACUGUGGUGUUUGUGUCACAUUUGUGUCAUAAGCAUUUGUUUCUAAGCAGCAAUUACAUCAGAGUAAAGCCGUUUUUAAAAUACUAAAAGGAAAAGCAGCAAGAAGUAAUGAUUUUAAAAAGUCCUUCAUAAUCUUAAUCUGAAAUUAAAGAAAUCAAAGAAAUCUGCUAGCAAGACUACUACAUUAUAGCUUUUCUCCACAUAUAAAAGCAUCUUGUAUUACUGUUAUUUACAAGUGGCUGUUCUUUCACCCAUGUUCUUGUCCUCUGUUAUCUCCUGUACAGAAUAGUGCCAUUAUCUAUUAUGAAAAUUAUCUUGAAAAGCAAUAAAUUAUCCUGUUUAGUACCUACAUUGAUUUGAUUAGCUCUGUUUCUAUGUUAUUACAACAUAAAUGUUCUUAUUGUACAUACUUUAUUAGCUUUUCUUAAUUGCAUAACUUAUCUUUGAUGGCUCACUUUGCUUUAUAUAGUUUAGUAAAGAUCCACACAAAGGAUUGACACUUAAUCAUUUCAGUGUAUUUCCAGGUGGUUCCCAGUGAACUAAAUUGUUUUAAUGUGUGAUGUUAAUUCUUUCACUGUGAGGAGGGAGGCAUUGUUCCUUAAAGUAAUCAGCUGCAAGAGUUUUCCUGGAUUACUGACUUUACUCCCUGGAUCCAGAGAGGGUCUUCCCAGUAUCUAGUCUCUGCAUCUUGUCUUCUGCUUCAGCCUUUUGUCCUGCUUAUUGACUAAUAUGAUUCUUGAGGUCCUACACCUGCUCAUCCUAGUGGCAAUGCCUUUACACCACAAUGCCUGGUCAGUGCUAACUUUACUAGGAAAUCUGCAGAGUAGGGAAGACAGUAAAGAUCAGCAGCAUGUAGUCUACCCUGCCCUCUCUGUCCGACUUGGAUAUCAUUCUUAGAUAUUCUGGUCUGCUUUGUUGCUUUAUCGCCGUCAAAAAGUUUUUUUUUUUUUUUUUUUUUUUUGAGACUCUAUUAUAGAAAACUAAAAGUUCUUACAGACUCGAGAAAAGCAAUGUCCUCCUUUAUCUCGAGUAGGAGAAGCUUUUGGGAGAGAGCAUUUGGAGGAAUGAUGAAGCAAGGAUCACCUUCCCAGCCAGUGAAAUAACUGACCAACAGAAUGACAUAAAAGGCAGAUUACUCACAUCCGGAUGUUUUCAUGGACUUAAUAUACUCAGAGCACUGUGGCUAGUUCAUGAAUUAGCAUGUUGCUUGGCACAUAGGUACAAACUGAAUGGUAUAUCUAUAAUAUGUAUGUUAGAGGUUUUAUAUCUCCUAGCUGGAGAACUAAGACAUAAAACUCCAGCUGUUUAAGGCAGCAAAUGUAUGUGAGUUUAAAUGGCAGUAAGUUCAGAGAGGUCACUGUGGUCCAGAGUAUAGGGCAAGACUUCUCAAAACUAUGAAACUUGAACCAAACCCCACAAGGAUGUUGAUUCUUAACUCUGCUUCCAUAGUUUCCUGCUUCUUAGCAUUUGUAGAUCAUGACCAUUGGUUUUGUCUCCUUAGAACAGAGAAUUCUUAAGGGAAGCCUAAUAAUAAAAAUCCUGAUACUGUCCAUUUUUAAGUAUUUCUGCUUAAAACAACUCUUUCAGAAAACCACCCUUGAUUCCAAAGAUCCUAAUAAUAGAAAACUUCUUAACUUCUCUUUGGGUAAGUAUAGUUGUCCUGCUCUACUGUCAGUUUCUCUUCUCCCUCAUUUAGAUUGUAAAUAUAUAGGGGACUGGAACCAUAUGUUUCUUAUCCUUACUCUGUAAUUCCCUAUGGAUAAGACUGGCCUGAUUCUUACAUUGUAAUCUAAUCACUUACUAAGAGUGAAUUUUUUUCCACGUAUUUGUUGAAGGUGAUGGAUUAGCCUUUCAAACGCCCCAGCACAAAUAGCACUGGUUGUCUUGAGCAUUCCCAUCAACUGCCUUCCCCUGAUCGCUAUUCCUGUACCAACUAAAUGUGCUUCUACUUCCUUUCUCUGCUAGCCCCAUUUCCGUAGGACGCUGAAUAUACUUUUAAAGAGAUGGCAAGACAUCCCUUCAGAAUAUGGGCUUUUCUUUUUGGCAGCAGAUACGCACAUUGGUAGAUGAGAUCUGACCAAGUACAAAGAAAGCCUUAAGUGAGAUCAUCCAAGUAAAUCUUAAAACCCAUCAAGUGAAUAUAUUGCAUUACUUUUUAGUUUAGUAAAUGUUUUCAGCCACUGUGUUUUAACUCAGCUUAACUAUAAUAAGGCUUUGCUCCCAUCUGUUUGAACUCACUUUUUCUAAUUCAUUAAAAAUAAUUUCAUUCAACUUUUGUUUUCAACAACUAAUGAACCUUUUUCGUGUUCUUCUCUUGUGAAAAUGGGCUGUUUUCAAAAUAUAGGCCUUAGCAUACAUAUUGCUUUCUCUUCUUUAUCCUGCUUUGUGAUCCAGCUUUCAUUUUGUUUGGCAGAUACUGAUAGCUUUGUGAUUUUGAAAAAAUAGCAUGUAAGUGUACCUUGAGGAUACCAGCAAAGUUAUUCUUAAAUGAACGUCUGUAUAUUUCAAGCUGUUUUUUAUAGACCUUCGUCUUAAAAUCUAAUUAAAGGCAAAUAUGGAAGUCUUUUUACCAUUAAUGCUACAGAGAUUCAUUUAUUUAACAUUAAAUAAAUAUUUCUUGACUUCCUGCUAUGUUCCAGGCGCUGAAGAUCUAGCAGUGAAUAAGACAAGCAGUGACCCUGCUCAUAGCCAGAACACAUUCUAGCUGGGGUUGCAGUAGAGAUACAGAUGACAGAUAACUAAGUGCACAGCCUGUAGCGAUGGCAGCUAAUUUUCUGAUUAUUCUUUUCCCUUUACCAUUGCUUCAAGGCCAUAUUUGCAAACUCAACACAACACAACCUGUAGUGUUGAGUUGAAUUUAGUCUCAAGCUGUUACCUUCAUCUAGGAAGAGGUAUUUAAGGGUCGAGGAAGAUGAGGUUAGGAAGGAGAUGGUAGACUUCAGAUGUUUUAGGAGACCAAGGAUAUAAGAUUUGAUGCCCUAUGGAGAACAGAAAAAGUCAAGAACAGCUUCUAGGUUUAAGCUUGGGUGACUGAGUUGGUGAUAAUGCAAUUAACUAGCUCAAGAGUCUCAGAAUGAGAGGCAGGUUUAGAAGUGGGGAUAAUGAAUUUGACUUGGGGCAGUGAAAAGUACAAAACUGGAAAUCUGAAGAGAAGUCAGAACUGAAAUAGAUUUGGCUGUUACCAGCAUUUCAUGUAAACUUUAAAAGAAGCAAGAAGUGUAGUCAGUAUUGUCAGAUAUGGCAGGAUGAGAAUCUUUUAAAAGGCCAUUGGAUUUGACCUUUGGAAAAUCACUGAUGACUUCAAGAAGACCGAUUUCAGUAGAAGUGGAUGGGGACAGAGCCAUGUGAUGAUUGGUUUACACAAUGAAGGGCUAUGAUUGUCUAGCCAAGGUCAUUGUGCUCUUCCUCCUUGGAAACUUUGAAACUGAGGUCAGGGCUUUUCUCCCUCCCUCAGCUUUCUCCACUCAGGGCCCACAACUGGACGCCUGAGCUAGGGGCAUGAUGGAGGAACAAAUUAAGAUCUUUGGGUCUCUGGUGGGACAAGGGCCCAAGGAUAAAGGAGCCUGAUGUUGGUGAGUCAGAUAUUGCAGGGAGCAUCCUCAGUGGGGGACAGUAGGUCAGGCCAGUUCAGAGACCUGUCUCUAGAGGGGGAAAGAGAAAACACACAUGUAGAUCUCUGCUGUUUGAGGAAACUCCGGACCAAGAAGCUGGGUUAGAAUGGGAAACAAAAGGACCUUUAAGGCUGGGGGAAGAAACAUGGAAUUAGUUAAGAAGUUCUGCCCAGUGAGGGAGUGGAAUCUGGCAGAGUUUGGCAGGGGUAGAAUCUGAGGUAGCAAACUGAUGUUAACUAGAAACUCAAGCAGGAAUACCUAGGUUUCUUAGGGCACAGGGACUGGGGAUAUGCAAAGAGGAACUGUUGGCAGUACUGGUGACCAUAAAGAUAGUAGUGAGGAGGCAGUUUAUGAAUUGAGGGGUCAUUGCAGCAGUAUCUGACAUAGAUAUUUAAUAAAUAUUUGUGAAGCCAAGAGGGUCAGUGGUUCCUGGGAAUAGUGGGUCCUGAGUUUCUGAAGAGGCAUAAGAAAAUACCUAGGUUCCAUUCAAGGAGAGGAUGGAGGCAGUGACUAAGGGGCUUAAGACAGCUUGGAGGUGCAAAUCCCCAAAUGGAACUUUGUUCCUCGAUGGAAGUUAGAAGUAAAGGUCAGGGUUGGGGGCUCAGUCCCUUAACCCUAGGACCUAGGAGUUCCUGCAUCUACCAGAUUUCCCCACCUACACACAGGCACCCUUGGCCUGUAACGCCUUCUCUGCCCACUAGGGGGCAGGGCUCGAGGGGGCUGGUGGCUGUUCUGAAGCCUCGAGGGCCUUCAGUUUCUACCAGAGCCGCUGCGGGAGCUGUCCUACCCAUGGCCCGACACAGGACCUCAAACCUCUGCCCCCUUCCAGGCAGUGGUGGGGGCGGCCCCAGAGGGCCAGUGCCCCUGCGGGUUGACACUCUGACGUGGUUGAACACCCAGGCGGCCCCUGGCAGGGUGAUCAUCUGGCCGGCGGUCCGGCUGGGGGUCUGCCCAGGCCCUGAGGCGUGGGGGAUUCCCCCGGGUCCCCUGCCACACGAAUUCCGCGGCUGGAUAGCACCUUGCAGAGCCUGUCUUGGAGCUGGCGAGGCAGGGACCUGGUUGCGAAACCCGUCCGAAGGCGCCCUCCUCGGGCCCUACAUUGCCCUGCGGAGCAUCCCGAAGUUGCCGCUGCCAGAGGACGUCUCAUGCAUACAGAAAGAGUUGCAGCAGCUGGCCAAGGAGCUGAGAGAGAAGAGGCUGAACCUAGGGUACUCGCAGGCCGAUGUAGGGAUCGCUGUGGGAGCUCUAUUUGGGAAGGUGCUUAGCCAAACGACCGUCUGCCGCUUCGAGGCUCAGCAGCUAAGCCUCGCCAACAUGUGGAAGCUGCGACCACUGCUGAGAAAGUGGCUGGAGGAAGUGGACGCAGAGAACCUUCUAGGCUUAUGCAAAAUGGAGAUGAUCCUGCAGCAGUCUCGCAAGUGGAGACGGGCAAGCAGGGAGCGACGAAUCGGAAACAGCCUGGAGAAGUUCUUCCGGCGGUGCCCGAAGCCCACACCACAGCAAAUCAGCCACAUUGCUGGGUGCCUCCAGCUGCAGAAGGAUGUGGUUCGAGUUUGGUUCUAUAACCGCAGCAAGAUGGGCAGCCGGCCAACCAAUGAUGCUUCCCCACGGGAGGUUGCGGGGGCUGCCGCUCUUCCAUGCCCAGGGGCACCAGUGUGCUUUCCCCUGGGACUGGGGAUCCCGGUGGGUGUCCCCCACUAUACACCUCUCUACUCUGCAGGGGUAGCCCACCCCUCUGCCCCAGGCACCACUCUGGGCCUCCCCAGACUUUAGGGCUGAGGGACAUGCCCUUCGCGGCAAGUUUGGAGAGAAAAGAAAAAGGGAAAACCCAGGAAACGUCCCUGGGGUUCAUUUAAGGAUUUUUAGCAUUAAGAUCUCAUUCACUGUCUAAAGAAGUUAAGAAUACAUAGCAGGGAAUGGGGUGUGGGAAUUAUUCAAGAAAAACUUGGGAGAGAAGUAACUUAUUGCAGUUUUUGUGUUUUCCCUUUGUUUCUCCCUAGCAUUGGUUUCAAGGUACAUUACAGUAUAUAGAUGGUUUUGAUAUUGUGUUUCUUUUUUUUUAUUAAAUAUUAUAUCUGUUAUUCCUUGUGGUUAUGAGUAAACAUAGGGUUUAAAUUUUUUUUAUAGACACAAUACUAAGUGAAAAAUUCGAGUCACAGAAGACUACCUUAGUAUACAAUUUUUAAUUAAAAUCAAGCAGAACUCUUUGUAAACACAAACACAAAAUCCAGGAUAAUAGUUAUCUCAAGGGGAUGGCUUCAGAAUGUGAUAAGGAAGAAACACACAGAGCCCACCUAGAGCGCUUGCUGAAACACCUGAGCUUUCUUGGAAAAUUCUUUUUUUUUCUAAUUUAACUUUUCCUUUCUAGUGCCCCAGCUUCAUGUCAGGAUCUCAGUUCAUCUCCCCACUUUAUGCAGUCCCAUGGGCUUAUGUCCUGUCCUGCCACAGUCACUAUAUUCUAAACUCCUUUGUUAUUGAGGUUGGCAAGCUGGACAGCCAGAGCUUUAGUGCCCGCAGUAGCUUAUUCCUCCAGUUUUCAGCUCGAUUUGGUUCCCUGGGAAUUUCCUUUACUUUCUCUUGAUAUCUGGUACAGUUUUGAGAGAUAUUUGUAAUUGUUUAUCCAAACUUCCCUGGUGGCUUUUGCCAUUAUACAUCAAAUCACUCUUCUAAUUUUGUCUCUGAAAUUGGUCUUUUCAGUUUUCCACUUCUACUUUGGUCAGUUUUGGUCACCAUAUACUAAAUAGAAAUCAUUCAUCCCUUUUUGUCUUCAAAUCUCCUGUCACACCCCUGCCUGUACUAUUUAUUGUCCUGGAAUUCUAUCAGUAUAGAUUAUAACAGAGUUUAUGUCUUAUUUCUGGAUACUAAUAUUGUCAAUUUUUGCUUUUUUUGUAAUCAGUCUGCAAAGAUUUUAUCUAUAGAUAUUUUCAAAGUAUAAGCUUUUUGACUCUUACUCUACUUACUACUAUUUUUAUUCCCUAAUUAAUUUUCACUUUACACUUCUAAAUUUUUUCCUGAUUUCUUCUGGUUUUUAUCAUUGCUCUUUUUAAUAGUUUUUACAUGAGUACUUAGUUUCUUUUUUUUUUUUUCUAGUGGGUAUAUAGAAAAUAACUCUUGUGGGCCUGAGAGUGUAAACCAGGGGCCCAAUAAGAGACUUAACUCUGAUCUUCUGACCACAAGGCCAGGGCUAAUUUUACUAUCACACAAGUCAGGCAUGACUAAGCUUUCUAUUUAAUCUUUUCUUCCUGAGGCUGUAGAAAAUUUACCUUUACGUGUGUGUGUGUGUGUGUGUGUGUG